AUGGAUAACUUUGAACUUGGAGAUGGAGAUUUGGAUGAGAUUGUUGAUAAAGAAGAGGAUAACAGUGGUGAAGAUGAAAUGAGUGAAGAAAACAAUGAUAGCAUUGAAGAUCAUCAACCAAUCGAAGGAUUUGAACAAGACGAUGAUAAUGACGAAGUUCAAAAAGAACCAAAGAAUGAAUUUGAAAAACAACAAGAAAUCAUUAAAAAUAAAAUUACUAAGUUAGAAGAAGAAAAUAUGAAAGAAAAACAUUGGAGUAUGUUAGGUGAAAUUAAAGGGGAAGAACGACCAGUCGAUAGUUUAGUUGAUCUUGACAUUGAUUUCCAAAAUACUAAUAGACCACCACCUCCAAUGACUAAAGAACAAACAUUAAGUUUAGAAGAUCUCAUUCGAAGAAGAAUAAAAGAACAAAGUUGGGAUGAUGUUGUAAGAAAAACAUUAAUCCAAAAGAAAGAGAAAAAAGAGAUUGAACUUGAUGGAGAGAAGAGUAAACUUGGAUUAGGUGAAAUUUAUGAACAAAAGUAUGCUAAAGAAAUAUAUGGGUUUAAUUCAAAGGAUGAAGAAUUAAAUCAACAGAAAAAAGAGAUUAUGAAAACAUUUGAAUAUGUAAUGAAAGAAUUAGAUAAAUUAACAUCUGCUUAUAGAUGA